CUUCUUACCCUUUUGCUUAUUGCUCUUAAGGUCUCAGAAAGAAACAUGUUCUCUGAGAUUUUCCCAUUUGUCGUUCUGCUAUGCAGUGUAAGUGCAUCAGGACAAUAUGGUGAUAUCAACAAAGUUCCGACCUCAGGAGCUUCAUGCCGGACAGCAAAACAAGACAAGCUGACAGUGUGUGGUGUCCAGGCUUCUGAGCGUAUGGCACAGACAGACCUAACAAGGAUGAACAGAUACAGGUCUAUAAUUGAAUCUGUGUCUCGGAAGAUGGGCAUGGAUGCAGCUUUAAUUGCUGGAAUCAUAUCUCGGGAAUCUCGAGCUGGAAAUGUUCUUAUAAACGGGUGGGGUGACAAUGGCAAUGCCUUCGGUCUCAUGCAGGUUGAUAAAAGGUUCCAUAAAAUUUCUGGGGCCUGGAACAGCGAAGAGCAUGUUACACAAGGGACCGAGAUUCUGAUCGGCAUGUUUGCAUCCAUCAAAAGAAAAUUUCCUCAAUGGUCAACAGAGCAGCACCUGAAAGGUGCUGUUGCAGCAUAUAAUGCUGGUCCAGGAAAUGUAAUCAGCAAUGAUGUAGAUGUUCGCACUACAGGGAAAGACUACGCCAAUGAUGUUUUAGCUCGAGCAAAGUUUUAUAAAGGGAGGGGAUACUAAUUGAUUGGACUUUUUCUAUGAUCUUAUUUCUAGAAAAGGAAAUAAUUACAGCAUGACAGUAGCCUGUGAUCCUAUAACUACACUUUGUCUACUCAUUUUGGUAGCAUUUUUAUGCUUUUAUCAUUUUAUAUAACAAAGUAUAUUCUGUACAUGUAAAAUGUGUUGUAUUUGCAGUAAAUUACUAACUUGAGAUGAUGGAUCCUUAUUUACAAAUAUCAGUGAACUUCUAUUAUAGAAGGAGAAUUUGUCAGGUAGUUUGUGGAUAGAGAGAGGAAGGGGACCACCUAAAGCUGGAAAUUAAUGCCCGUAUUUGACUGGGCAGUUUGACCAAUUUUGACCAUACUACCCAACCAUUUGGACAUAUACGCUAAGGCUUUUCCUUCUGCCUGUAUUUUACUUUCACCACACAAUUAGAACUUUCCAUUCGCCAUUUAACCACCACACAUUACAGGUUGCCCACACCUUAGAAGGCCAUUGUUACUCUGUCUGAAUUGAGGACCAUGUUCCCAGUCAACUUAAUGUUCCCUUAGGAGGUCAUGCACAUUAGUGCAAGAAGAUGGGUUAUAAGGUUAGUGUUGUAUAUGCAAACACAAAACUGUAGCCCUGGAUAUGAUGACUGUACAGUAAUUUUGUGCCUGCCACCUCUUAUACCUUAAGCCUAGCAAAACUGAUAUUUAUCUUUCAAGGCAGAUAUCAUCCAUCUGAAAACUGCACAAUAAUCACUUCUUACCUUGCACCCAAUGAUUCUUGUCUAUCAUUUCGGACUAUUAAUACAGUGUCAUGACAUUACACAUCAAUUUACAAAGAUUAACAUUCACAUCAGUCCUUGCCCCAGUGGCACUUAUAACCUAGGGUCCCGACCAUGCCUACAUACAGAGAUGCCACUGCCAUGAGGCAAAGUAAGAAAAAGCAGAAAUCUUGUUUAAUUGGAAUUUUAGUUCUUCUAGUGCAAUGCAAUGGCCUCCCCCUUGCUAUGAGGCCAUUGCAUUGUCUGCACUAGGAGUGGCAGGGUCCCAGGAAUACCCCUGCCUACACAUACUAGGAAUAUUUUUUUAAGAGUUAAUUACUCUGCCUGGCUGUUUAAGGAGUCUGUUUCUAGAGUACCUAGACACUGAGAGAACAUACAAACACCUUCCAGACUAGUAGAAAUCAAAUUAAGGCCUCCACUGCAUAGCAGCAGAACACCCAUGCCAACCUUUCAUAUUAAAUACAGCUUAUUAAAAGGAGAAGGAUAUAGAGUUAAUCUCAAGCUGCAGGCAUACCUUCAGUUGUCUCAAUAGUGCCCUUAAGUCUCCCCAUAUUUCACCUGUUCAGAUGAUCAGAAGCCAAACAGGAAGAAAAAACCCUGAGCUGUGUAAAGAAAGUUCACAUAAUGCUCAGUUAGUUAGACUAUGAGUCAGCUUCCUGCUGAUUGGCUCAGAUCCACAUUCCUAAGGGGGGGGGUGAGUUCUUAGCAUUCUUGAGGGAGGGGGGAGCAGGAGAGGGGAGAGAGCAGAGAGCUGCGUGUCUCUGACAGAGGAAAACAGACACAACAAAUCUUUGGUUGCAGCAUUAAUGUGAGUGCUUAUGGCUGUAUUUACAUAGACCUUUCUGAUAAAGCUUACUGAGUUUUUACCUUUCCUUCUCCUUUAAGCUCAAUAGACCCCCAAAAGCCUAGCAGGCUUAAAUCCUGACAAACAUUUUUUUAUUGUUGGAUUCUUAAAAGCAGUGUUUUUUUAAAAGAUUAAAAAACAAAAACAUUGGUUACAAAUACAUUUUGUAUGUCGACAAUUAAAAAGUAAAUACUGUAA